ACGCCCAUUUGAGUGCAACUAGUUACCCGUCGACGUCUCUCUGAUCUCCCCCGGGGCGGAAUGGGUCGCACCGGCACCGGGAAGCCCCCGCGUCUCUCACCGGGGGUCUCACCGUCGCCGGAGACGAGCCACGACGAGUUGCGUCCCGACGCGUCGGAUGGGGGUUCCUCUGGUUCGGACACUUGUUCACACUUGUCAUGAUUGAACUCUGGAGAGAAGGCGCCCGCUUUUUGCAGCGACUGUUGUCAAGUCGCUGCACACCCGGGUAAAUAAACACGAGUCGUGGCUGGUUGUAGCCGGACAACCGAGAAUGGUCGCUCGCCUCUCCUGUCGGCCGAGACGCGAAGUGGUCUCGGCACUUGCAGUGGUGACACCUACAGGAGCUGCCUGCCACUGUGAUUCGAGGCGCGCGUAAAGGAAGGACACAGCUGCCGGGAUUCCCUGACUGAUGUUGUGCUGGACUUUCUUUCUUUUUCUAAGUGAGAUGGAGGGGGGGAAUCACCAAACGACAGGAAAACAACGGGUGAAACUGCUGCCGAGGAAACUGCAUGAAAGUCAGACACAAUCGUCUUAUCUGUACGGUAACUACAACUGAGGGUUUAUCUGAAAGACAACGCUGGGAAGAGGAAAAAAAAAAGCCAACGCACAAGCAUUUAACACAGGGAACCUGAAGAAGAUGAAAAAAGAAAAUCGCAGAUUGCUGAUCAUGGCAUUUUAGCUUAUACAUACCUGCCAAAAACCACAUGGAGACCGACAGUUAUCUACAAGCAGACUGGAGAACUAGAAUAUUUCUGGUUUUGAUGGCGAUGAUGUAAUUGUCCGGUUCUGGCUGUCCAGCAUCAUCAAAAGACACAAGGCUCAAUACAAGCCUCAAUUGAGAAGGCUUCCCGCAGACUUCGGAAAAGAUAAGAGUGACAACAAGCAAACCUGUGUAUCUGUCGUCAUCAUCUUCCUACAUGCAGCUCCCUGCUUGGCUUUAUUAAAGAGGAGGAGCCCAUUAAAGCAUUUGAUAGAUAGGAAGGUUUGGUGUGAUGGUCUUGUUGCCGGCUGGCUGCUGGUUGGAGAUGAGAUAAGAGCACUGGGAGGAGAGAGAAGAAGUGACUAUCUGACGGGAGCUGAAUACAAAUUAUGAGUCGUCUCUCCUGCAAAUACACCGGUUGAGGCGACUUAAGAGAAGAGCGAAAUGGACAAAUUAGUAGUUUUGAAUCUCAAGGGCGUGUGAACCGUUUUGCUGGAGGAGGAUAUGACUUCACAUUGCAAUACACAGGAUGGGAAAUGAAGGAAACUUUGAUCUUAGUUUCUGAACGGAGGAUCAAAGAAAACCUCUGGUACUUUCUACAGUGCCGCAUCAGAGCACAGCCUUCCUCAGUGCUAUGUCUUAUAUUUUAGUGAUGAGGCUUUAAAACCUUCUAGGAGAAAGGUUUUAAAAGGAGCCACAGGUGAGAUGGAGCUGGAUAACAGCUCACUGGACUACUUCACCAGCAACUUCACAGAGAUUCCUGACCGCACCUCCCCUCGACCCUGGAGCGCGGCCACGCUGCUCGGCCUGCAGGUCUCCCUGUCUGCGCUGUUGGCCAUCGUCACCUUGGCCACCGUGCUCUCCAAUGCCUUUGUCAUCGCCACCAUCUUUCUGACCAGGAAGCUCCACACACCCGCCAACUUCCUGAUUGGCUCCCUGGCCGUCACAGACCUGCUCGUGUCUAUUUUGGUCAUGCCAAUUAGCAUCGUCUACACCGUCAGCAAAACGUGGUCCCUGGGGCAGAUUGUUUGCGACAUCUGGCUGUCGUCCGAUAUCACCUUCUGCACUGCCUCCAUCUUGCACCUGUGUGUGAUCGCACUGGACCGAUACUGGGCCAUCACGGAUGCUCUGGAGUACUCUAAACGGCGCACCAUGCGCCGGGCAGGGAUCAUGGUUGGGGUGGUGUGGGUGAUCUCCAUAUCAAUUUCCAUGCCUCCUCUUUUCUGGCGGCAGGCCAAAGCCCACGAGGAGCUGACUGAGUGUAUGGUGAACACGGAUCAGAUCUCUUACACCCUAUACUCCACCUUCGGCGCCUUCUACGUUCCCACAGUGCUUCUCAUCAUCCUGUACGGACGGAUCUAUGUUGCUGCUCGCUCCCGCAUCUUUAAGACACCGUCGUCCUCGGGGAAACGUUUCACCACAGCGCAGCUCAUCCAGACCUCUGCCGGCUCCUCUCUCUGUUCUCUUAAUUCUGCCUCCAACCAGGAAGCACACCUACACUCUGACAGCACGGCAGGUGGCGGAGGAGGGGGAGGAUCGCCUCUCUUCAUGAACAUGGUGAAAGUGAAGCUGGCCGACAGCGUGGUGGAGAGGAAGCGUCUGUGUGCAGCCCGGGAGAGGAAAGCAACCAAGACUUUGGGCAUCAUCCUGGGCGCGUUCAUCAUCUGCUGGCUUCCGUUCUUUAUCGGCACGCUCGUCAUGGCCAUAUGUAAAGAGUGCUGGUUUGAUCCGGUGCUUUUUGACAUAUUUACCUGGCUUGGAUACCUGAACUCCCUCAUCAAUCCCGUAAUCUACACCGUGUUCAAUGAUGAGUUUAAACAGGCUUUCCAAAAACUCAUCAAAUUCAGACGAUGCUCCUGAAAAACCUUACGUUGGAUUAAAACUGAUGUCUCAAGGCAAACAAGGAGUGAAAUACAGAGAAUAAGAAGAUAAUGGAUAAUAAUGAAAAUACUGUGCACUUAGAUGUCCCAUCUUGUAAACACAUGCUGUGUGCGAGACGUUUUUUUUGUUUUGUUGAUCAAACAGCUUCAUGCCAUUGCUCUUUAGAUACAAACAGUAUAUCUAUAACAUAGACUUGUGCAUGCAUGCUUAAAUAGAUUUAAAAAAUCUUUUUUUCCCGAGGAUUAUGGAACUGAUCUUAAAUAGAUAAAUUAAGGAGAUUUAAUAUGUCUAUUUCAUGUCACAGGGACAUUGCUGAUAUUUCAAAAGCAAAGGUUUAAAACAAAGACUGUUGCGACUGUAUGGGAAGAGACAACUCAGAGUGACUGGAUUCAAUCCAGUGGAAAUGAAAAGCCAUGAGAUUUACAUGUAUGUUGUCUUAAUCUCUGUGUCUGUACACUGCUGCUCCCAUAUAAUGUUCCUGUGCUACAGUAAAGAACCUAAAGAUUCAAACCUCCAGGGAUUUACUAAAAAUGUCUCUAUGUAUGCAAUUAUACUUGAAAGCGGUGUGUGCGUGUGUGUGCGUGUGUGUGUGUGUGCGUGUGUGUGUGUGUGUGUGUGUGUGUGUAUACACGAGUUGUCAAACGUUAGUUACUUUACUGUAAUAUAUGCGUGUUUGAGGAAGUGAGGAUUGUCAAGUGUUUGACAUUUAUGCUUGCUGUUCUCCACCGAGGCUUGUCUCGUCAUUACAGAGACAGAAAUGGAAACAGAAUUUUCCCUCUGCCUCUGAAUAUUUAGCAUCACCCUGUGCCAUAGCAACAAAUACACCCUUGCAAAAUAAAUUCAAUCUUAUGAAAUGAUACGCUCGAACAAAAUGGACCAAUGGUGACAGACGAGCUGAGCACUGAGGGCAAAUUCAGAGUAAAUGUUUUUGUUUUCUUAAGGUAAAUGUUUGUUUUACCUUAAGGUGAAUGAUGCAACAUACUUGCCGGAAAAGCUGAGUCACUUAAUGUGAAAAUGAUGACAACAAAUAUGACAAUGGAUAAUUUCAGUGUUUCGUCGGAGCAUCUUCAUGAAACUGCUGUCUGUCAUUUUAUUCUUCGAUCGGUAUGUUCAUUCCUGACAACUUAAGGUUUACAAGUUUAAAAAAUACACAGAUCCCUUUGUGGGUUGCUGUGGGGGAAAAAUAGACACUGUAAAUGAAAGAGUUGUCAAUAAACAAGCUUGACUUGAUAAAGACACAUCGGCCACCAUGCUACUGUCAAUUAUAUCUGCAAAUAUCAUGCAGUGAUCAUCAUGUGACCAGUCACCUGAGACUUAAUGCCACUUGUUACUAUUUGAACCAAUUCAACCAUUCUUGGCAAUUCUUCAAUACGGAAGCAGAAUGUAGAAGAUCAAGUGAAAGAAAAUAACCUUGUUGGUAGUGAGAGGGGAUUUUGCGACCACAGUUCUGACGGGGAGAAAGUUGACGACUGGACGACCUGGAAAUGAUUGGUUCUGAUUCUUUGUCCAAUCCACUAUAAUGUGGAAAUUAUGAAGUUCCCAUUAAAAACUAAAAACUAUG